GUAUAAAAGGGAGCCAGAGAGUCGUUAAACUCACUUCAAUCCAAUUGGAUCAACUGAAAAUGUUCAAGGUUUUCAUUGUUGCUGCCGUCUGCCUCGCUUUGGCUGUUGAAGCUGCCAAUCUCUCCUGCAAGUCUGAAACAUCUCCAGCUCUUGGCGGAGUUUGUGCAAACGGAAUGACUGUUACCGGAGGAGAUUACUGCUGCAAUGCCGCCGACGUUUACGACGUGGACGCUCAUGCAUGCCGAUCUGACCCAAUGCCAGGAAUCGGUGGAUUCUGCCCAUAUGGAUUCAUUUUGGUCGCUGACGAUGGUUGCUGCCCAAUCUCUGAUGCCUAUGCUAAGUGAAACCGGACAUUUUUUUGAGGAAUAAACAUUUGUCUAGC